AGAAACUACAUUCCUCGCUUAUAUUCUGCAACUCUAGAAAGGGACUGCCUGAAACCGAAAAGUCCCAUGCAUGGCAGCAGAACUUCUUUAAGACAACAUGGAGUCGGAAAUAAAAGAAAUCCGUGAGAUCGUUCAAAAUUACAAACCGGGUAUUACUGUAACAGUUCCCGACAAAAUAACAUUUCCCGAAAAUUUGUUCGUUGGACUGUUUGGCAGGACAGAAUGCGGGAAAAGCUCUCUUAUAAAUUCCCUAAAAUUUGCUGUAUCAGGUCGUCUGAGAAGGGCACAAUGGGUCGACGUUGCAAGUCAAGAGAAGGCAGGAGGCCACACAAUGUUCAGAAAGAUCGCCAAUUUGACCCACUGCAUGUACGUAAUUGAUAACCGAGGCUUAGACGACCCGAGUGCAGAACAAGCACAAGCUGAAAUAGCAGCGCAACUGGAUGGUCAUAGAGGCUACAGCGAACGUGUGCAGUGGGCAACAGACGAAGAGCAAUCAAGUUCCGAUACGUCAUGUACACCAACACUAAACCUUGAAACAGGACACCCGAUUUCUUGUGUUAUCUUCGUGUUCAGCGCCAUUCACGAUAUAGAGGCUGACUUUGCAGGGCUUAAUCUCGUGAUCGAUUUCUUUCAUCGACACCAAGGUUGCUACCCCAUCGCUGUUGUCACUCACGUUGACGUUGCAGAGCGGAAGAACAUCGAAAUCCUGGUUGCUGUGCUCCGUGUAUCAGGGUUUGGUGACAUCUAUGAGGUGGCUAACAUCACAGACGAACACACCAAACUCGACGAGCAAUACCAACUCAAUCUUUUGUCACUGCUUGAGAGAUGCAUGACGAUCGGAGAUAAUACUGCUGUCUUCAAGCAUUACCAACGAGUAGAAAAGGAGAAAAAGAAAAAUAUGCUGAAGAUGGGUCGUAGAGAAAAGGUAGUAACACCGGAAAACGCUGCGCGUACCAAGCCCACUGACAUGACUGAAGACCAGCGACGCAAAAGGGGAGAGGGUAAAGAGACGUUGCAAAAAACGGAGGAGGAACGGAAGGAGAUUGACACACUCAAGAACGACUUUCGGAUGAAGAUGAUGGAACUGGAGAUGUUAGAGUAUGAGCACAAGAUGAAGAUGAAUCUGCAGCAACAAAGGCAUGAGCUUGAGAUGCAACGGAACGCCCUGGAGAUCCGGGAGAUGAAACUUCAGGAGGAAGAAAGGGAACGUCGCUUUCAAGAACAGUUGCGGAAGAUCGAGAGUGAUAAUCGGGGAGAACUUAUCCGAGUCAUGGAGGCAAAUAAUGCCGUCAAGGGCGCUACACUUGUAGAUGUGCAAGGUUCCAACCAGUAA